AUGGAAUUGUGUGACAUUUUUUCUGCUGCCACUGCUGUCGUAUGCGAACAUAACCUCACUCGUGAAAUUCGCAAUGUAUUCAUAUUUCCAUUACUCAUUCAUAUUGUGUUCGGUGACAGUCACUUGAAUGAGAGAUAGACAGAGUUCGAUUGUGAUAGCAGUCAAUCGACCGAUUGUGUGCGUGCUGUUUGAACAAAUUGCGGUUUUUAGUAUUAGUUUUUUUUCGGGUUUCGCUUUAAUUGAAUGAAACAUAGCACAUUUUUUCAAGGCAAUCAUUGACGACGGUGUCAAUUUAUUUUCCGUGUUGAUUAUUUGCUCUCGACGUCAAACGAAUCGAAUGUUAUAUAUUUUUUUCUUCUUGUCGCUCUGUUGCUGUUGUCUGUCUCAACUGUUAAUCAAGCCAUUUCUCAUCGUAUUUUCGUGUGUAUGCAUUCGUUUGUGGUGUGUGACUCGUGCACUUCUGUUUAGAAAAUCUUUUACUUUAUCACGCAAAAAAUAAAUUCAACGUUUAUUAUUAGACAAACAAAGAAAACACGAAAAGAACAAGUGAAGAAUAUACACCCGAAUCAGUUAGACAUUCACAUUAUCUUAAUUAUUUAUGAUGGCAUCUUCACUGAAUUACGAACGCGAAGUGCUAAACUUAGAGAGUAUCACCACCGGUACGAAAUACAUUGAGAGUGUGACGAUUUUAUUAAAAAUCUUAGAUAAUGUUAUCCGUGAACCGCAAAAUGACAAAUACCGCACCAUUCGGCUGGAGAAUAAAAUCAUCAAAGAAAAGCUGCUGUGUUUGAAUGGAGUCCGAGCAUUUUUGGAGAAAAUUGGAUUUGUUGAGGUGAAUGGAGCAUUGAAUUUGCCCACAAAUGUUUUGAUAGCAACCAUUCGAAAGUAUCGUGAUCAACUGAACGAACGAUUUGAGGUGAUUAAAAAUGGUACAAAUGAUUCAAUUCCAUUAUCGCAACCAGCAAAAAUAAGCGCAAAACCUUCGGGAUCCAGUGUUGGUGCGAUAAAGCGUCGACCAACGAAAAUUGUACCAUUGAAGCCGUAUCGCGAACGAAUCAACUUUGAAAAAGUUGUCCCAUUCCAAAAUGCUUUCCUACAAAAUCUUGAAUUUCGGUCGGAUGAGGUUAUGCAAUACGAAGAUGAUCGAUUACAGUACUACGGCCGACGAAUGAUUCCGAUUCGAACACUCACCGAAAAUACCAUCAAAAAUAUGCGCGCUGUUCAGAAGGAACAAUACAAGCAGCCAUUGAACAAAGAAAUCAAAGAUCCCAGUUUCGAUGACUGGCUGCUUGUUGAGCUCACAAAAUGGUUUAACGAGUCAUUUUUCGAAUGGGUAAACACACUGCCGUGCAAGGUUUGUGGACAAGACGAUGCACGUACCAAGGGAUCACAAGUUGAAAACGACACCCGUGUUGAGGUUCUGUACUGCUGUAAUACACAAACAAAAUUCUAUCGCUACAACGAUGUGGCACAAUUGCUUCUAACACGCAAAGGGCGAUGCGGCGAGUACGCCAAUUGUUUCACGUUUUUGUGCCGGUGUCUUGGCUACGAGGCUCGUUUGGUGCAAGCGACUUUCGAUCAUGUUUGGACAGAGGUGUUUUCAGAGGCUCAAAAUCGAUGGAUUCACAUCGAUCCAUCCGAUAAUGUGGUUGAUGCGCCAUUGAUGUACCAGCACGGUUGGAAACGUAAAGUUGACUAUAUCAUUGCCUUUUCACAUGAAGACAUUCAAGAUGUCACCUGGCGAUAUGCAAGCAACCACGAAGAAGCCACUCGCAAUCGACAGCGCUGCACUGAACCAGAAGUGCUAAAAACCAUUUUGUUAUUAAGAGAUAAGCGACAGAUGAAUUUGUCUGUCGCUCGUAAAAAGUACUUGAAAAAGCGCAAUUUGCGGGAAAUCAUUGAGCUGAUGGUUCAGCGAGAGCCCACCGAAAAUGAAAAGAAAGGCCGUAGUUCGGGCAGCUUGAGCUGGAGAUUGACGCGUGGCGAAGACCAACAGUGUACAUCGAAUAACUUCUUUGUCUUCAAUGCAACAGAAACCGAAGCCAAUGCAAAGGAGUUCAACGUACGAUUUUCUAGUGCUAAGAAUGAGUAUGAGCGUUAUCUCCAUCGAUCCAAUGGAGUUGAGCCAACAGAAACGGCAAAGACAUGGCAAUCGUGUGCCUAUCGUUGGGAAAAAAUCUUUCGAAAAGAAGAACGCGAUUGGAAAAUGGUCUACUUGGCACGAGCUGAGGAUAGUGAUCGAGCCGAAAUUGAAUGGAAAUUCGAUUUUUCCGAUCGCAACUUAAAAAUUAAGGAUAUAUCAUUUAAGUUUGAUGUUAAAACCUACGAAAAUGGCCAGAUUGAAGUUACCUUUUUGCACAAAGGCAAAGUGUUACCGAAUUUCCAAAGUAUCAAAAAUCUCGACUCGUUCACGAUUAAUGUGCAACUGAGCGGUGGCAAUGGAGACUGCGCCUGGCAACAUACACAAUUAUUUAGGCAAUCGAUUGCAUCCAUAAAUGAAUUCCCAUUCGACUUGAAUAUUACAUUUUUCUAAAACAUUCCCGUAAACAAAUCGUAAACUCGAAAAAAUUCGAUUGAAAAUAAACGUACAUUGAUUCGAAAAAUAAAUAAA